AUGAGGGACAGGAAAGAAGGUGCUGCUGCCCUCUGCGCCUCCGCCCUUCCCCGGGGACACCACCGACUUGCCAGCCUGCCCCCUCCGGAUAGUGGCCCUCCCCUCGCCAGCAGCCCGAGGAACGGCUACGUGAAGGGCUGCGCGACCGCUUUGCCUCAGAGCCCCCCGCUGGGUCUCCUCUGGCUUCUGCCGGCUGCUUCUCGGCGGGCUCUCUGCACGGUGGGCGCCGCGGUUGCUGUCGCUCUGCUCUGCGGGCUCCGCUGGCAGGAGGGCGAGGCGGGGCUGCUGCUGCUCGGGCUGUGCCGCAGCCUCAGCCCCCUCUUCAGCCUCGCCUGCGCCUUCUUCUUCCUCACCUGCUACCUGGCUCGGGACGAGCCCGGCGGCCUCGGGUGGCUCCUGGCGCUGCCGCUGUGCUGCUAUUCCGGGGACUGGGUGGCGCUGCAGUGGCUGCUGCUGCCCUGCCCGGACCUAGCGAAGGAGGGCGCCUCCCAGGCUGCGCCGGCUGAACUGCAGAUGGUGGCAGGGCGGCUGCUGACCGCGCUGAGCGCCGUGGCGGGGCUCACCCUCUUGCAACGCAGCCUCAAGCUGAGCAGGAGCCUCCUGGUUUUGGUCUUCUCGAGCCUGAUGUGGCUAGUGUCGCUCACCAGCCUGGGAUCUCUGCCCCCGGCCCUUCGGCCGCUACUCUCUGGUUUGGUCGGGGUGACUGGCUGCCUGCUGGCGCUGCUGGGCGCAGAGCGGGGCAUCUUCUCCUCUUGUGACUCGCCGGGCCGAGGGCCGCAGCGACGCCCCCACCACAGUCACCCCAGACUGCCCAGCAACGCAGAGGAAAAAGUACCUGUGAUUAGACUCAGGAGGAGAUCCAGCUGCGUGUCCUUGGGAGAGACUUCAACCAGCUACUAUGGCAGCUUUAAAAUGUUCAGGAGACCGUCUUUGCCUUGCAUUUCCAAAGAACAGAUGAUUCUUUGGGACUGGGACUUAAAACAAUGGUAUAAACCUCAUUAUCAGAAUGCUUGCAGUGGAACUGGAAUUGAUCUUUCUGUGCUAAAUGAAACCCGCAACAUUGUGUCUGACCUCCUGAAUGAGCCAGGCCUUCCCCCUCAUGUGAUUUCUUCCCUUCAGAGCAUUAAUAGCUUGAUGAGUGCUUUCUCAGGAUCAUGCAGGCAAAAAGCUAACCUGUUUACACCAUUUCCGGGCUUUUAUCCGUGUCUAGAAGUGGAGGCCUCAUCUGACAAAGGAGAUCAUAAGCCACACAAGGGACUAAAUAGCCGAAAUAGCUUACCAACUCCACAGUUAAGGCGGAGUUCAGGCACCUCAGGUUUUCCUCCCGUUGAGCAGUCAUCCUCUCGAUGGGAACGCCAUAAUGGCAAAAGACCACAUCAUGAAUAUAAUUCUUCAAGUCAAGGAUCCUAUCCAAAUGGGCCUUUUAACACAAACCUGUUGACAAUACCAAAACAAAGAUCAUCUUCAGUGACCUUGGCUCAUAAUAUAGGCCCCAGACAAGCUGGUACUUCCUCAAAUUUAAGUCAUGUGAGUUCACCUACUAAUGGAUUUAUAUCCAGUGAGCUCCACCGGUCACCUGUAGAAUUUCCUGAUACUGCAGACUUCCUUACUAAACCAAGUGUUACUUUACAUAAACCUCUGGGAUGCACGUUUAAUUCUUCAGAUUCUCAGCAACCAUUUAGAACAUCUUCAUAUUAUACAUGUAGUAGUUGUGGACGUCAGAUAUUCAAGCCUGCUACAGCCUCAUUAUCUGAAUCUGCUUCAAAAUAUCAUAGCAAAAAAUCAGGUGAAGAUGGAAAUAAUGAAAUUCCAGAAGACCUGACUCACCAUACAGAGAAACAGGAUGGAACAGGAGAAUUAGAAGUUCACAAUCAUCAACUGGAUCAGACUGAAAACAAACAACUUAAUUUGGAGGAAGAUCCUCCAUUAGACCUGAUGGUAAUUGAAGACUAUGAUUCAUUAAUGGAAAAAAUGACCAACUGGAACUUCCAAAUAUUUGAUCUUGUUCAAAAAAUGGGAGCUAAAUCUGGAAGAAUCCUUAGUCAGGUUGCAUAUGCAUUGUUUCAAGACACUGGAUUAUUUGAAAUUUUCAAAAUUCCAACUUGGCAAUUCAUGAAGUACUUUCAAGCUCUAGAAAAUGGUUACCGAGACAUUCCCUAUCACAAUCGAAUACAUGCAACAGAUGUUCUUCAUGCUGUGUGGUAUCUUACAACACGACCGAUUCCUGGAUUUCAGCAAAUGCAUUCUAAUCCUACAGCAGGAAGUGACAUUGAUGCAGAUAGGCAGCCCAGUCAAGUUGCUUAUGUUUCCUCUAAGAGCUGUAUUGUUGAUGAAAAUUACGGAUGCUUAGCCUCAAAUAUUCCAGCUUUAGAAUUAAUGGCUCUGUAUGUAGCAGCCACUAUGCAUGAUUAUGAUCAUCCUGGUCGUACAAAUGCUUUUCUGGUAGCUACAAAUGCUCCUCAGGCUGUGCUGUACAACGACAGAUCUGUUCUAGAAAACCAUCACUCUGCUUCUGCAUGGAGUCUUUUCUUAUCUCUUCCAGAGUACAACUUUCUGCCUUGUCUGGAUAAUAUACAAUUCAAACGAUUCAGACUUUUAGUGAUUGAAGCAAUCCUUGCCACAGAUCUCAAAAAACAUUUUGACUUCCUUGCUGAAUUUAAUGCUAAGAUCAGUGAUUUAAACAAUCAUGGUAUUGAAUGGAACAAUGAAAGUGAUCGUCUAUUAGUGUGUCAGAUGUGCAUCAAACUGGCAGAUAUCAAUGGCCCAGCAAAAGCAAGAGAUUUGCACUUGAAAUGGACAGAAGGCAUUGUUAAUGAAUUUUAUGAGCAGGGAGAUGAAGAAGCAAGCUUAGGGUUACCUAUUAGCCCUUUUAUGGACCGCCAUUCUCCUCAACUGGCAAAAUUGCAAGAAUCUUUUAUUACUCACAUUGUUGGUCCCUUAUGUAAUUCUUAUCAUGCAGCUGGCUUGCUCCCAGGCCAGUGGAUUGACAAAAAAGAAGAUAACAUGGAAAGCACUGAUGAAUAUUAUGAUGCAGAAGAAUUAGAUAGUGAAUAUGAUGAACUAGAAGAUAUUGGCACAAAACCACAAUUUAAAAAUAGACAGCGAAUAUUUUGUCAGCUAAUGUACCAUUUGAAUGAAAAUCACAAAAUAUGGAAGAAAACGCUUGAAGAAGAAGAGCUAAAUAAAUCUGGAGAGAGUAAACAGUCAGAGAACACAUUGUUUUGCAAUACAGAUGAAAUUCAAGUUAUUGAGGAAGCAGAUGAAGAAGAAGAGCGACACCAAGAAGUAAAAACAGUCUGAGGCGUUUUCAGAAUGGUAUAUAGGAUGGUUUCAGAAAGAACAUAUUUUCACAACACUGACUAAAGAAUGACACAGUUGAUAAAACUAAAAAAAGAUCUGAUUACUGUGAGCAGACAUUUAUUUCUCUGGCAGUAUUCCACUCCUAUGCACUUCCAUCACAUGGAAUUCAAAAACUUUAUUUGGGA